GAACUUCGCACGCCAUGGAGUCGUUGGCGCCCCUGGAGCCUUCCCCUGAGUCCAGGUUCGACACAGUGGAAACCGUUGAGCCGCCGCUGCCGCAGAUGUCGGCCCUCCAACUGGCCGUGGACGAGUCGGAGCCGUUGCUGCCCAGGCUGCCUGGGCCGCGAAAACUACUGCCGUCACCGUCCGCGCAGCGACCCUGUGGCGGAGAGGGCCUCCGUAGAGACCUGCUGGCCUUCUACGACAGACACGACGAUGCGUUGGCAGACCUCAUAAUUCACAUCAAUGAAGGCGCUGUAGUGGCAAACAUGGCGCUGGUGGAAGCGCGGCUACCCGCGCUGCUGUCCUCCGCUGAGGCCUUGGGAGAAGCAGAUCCUGCUCUCUUGGUGGACGAUCGGGGCAGGAGAGGCGCCGGCCCUGGUCUUCACCAGGUGCGUUUGAGCGGCGUGUCUCGCGCCACCCUGGUGCAGCUGCUCCGCUGGGCCUAUGGCGAGGCGGUGCCCGCCGUGGGUGCCGUGGCGGAACGUGGUGGCGAGGAAGCCGAUGCCAUCAGCCUUUCGGUGGCCUUCGACCUGCUGGAGGCGUGUAGCAAGUUUGAAGUGGAACGUUUGGAAGCUCUUCUGAGAGAGACCCUCUUGGAAUCGCUGGAUCUUCCGAAGUUCGCGUCGGUGCUCAGGGAGAGUCACGUGCGGCAGAUUCCGGGCCUCAAGCAAGGCUGCAUGCGCUUUGCCUUGCACAACUUCGCUCCUCGGCACGGCUUCAGUUCUGUUAGGCCCAGCAACAGAAAGGCGAACAUGCUCCGUCGCACUGGCAGAUUGCUAGAAGUCUUGACCAGUGAUGACCAGUUGGUGGAUCAUCCAGAGCUCUUCAUGAAAGAACUCAGUGAGCUGCCGGAGGUGGUCUCGGACCUCUUCCGCCUGGGCCGCGUCUGGAAGGACGCCGAGGAGCCCGGCGGUCUGGCCGCGGCGCGGCCGGCGCCGGCGGUGCCAAGUACUCUGGUCAACGACCUGAGUCGCUUGUUCGAUGUGGCGCGCCAGGAAGAGCGCGAAGACGAUGCGCACGGCACCACUCGAUCACCCUGCGACCUGGCACCCGACUGCCGUGUGGUGGUGGGCGAGGAGAUGUUCCUAGCGCACAGCGUGAUCUUGUCCGCGCGCUCGGAUUUCUUCAAGGCCGCCUUCUCCUCCGACAUGGUGGAGCGGAAUUCGUUGAUGGUCACUUUGCAACACUACCGGGGUGAUCGCCCCGGGCGUGACGCCAUGCUGGCGAUCCUUUACUUUCUGUACACAGGCAAGACCAGCAAAGUCACUGGCUCCAUUGCCAUGGACGUCCUUUGCCUACUGGGCGCGGAAGGCGACGGCGACGCGGUGGGCGGCUUUUUGCAGCUGCACGACGCGGCCACGCUGCGCCGCGCCUGCGAGGCGGCGGCGGAGCAUGCGGCUGGCGAGGACGAAGAUGGUUUCAUCCAUUUGUUGCUGCAGGCCCAUGAGCUGGGCGCCCUGCGACUGAAGACAUGGGCCAUUCGCAUGGCGGUGCACCACUUCAAGGAGUUGGCUCUAAGGGGCGCGUUAGAAGUGCUGCCGAGUACUCUGCUGACGGAAGUCCUACGAGAAGUGGCCGUGGGCUACGACAGGCUACUGCCCUCAGCCGCCAAGGGCAUGCGCUGGGAACUCUCCUUGCUGCCCAAGGCGGAAAAAUGCCUGGAGAAUACCUACGAGGCCUUGACGUCCCCUGACCUCUCCUGCGGAGCAGGUGCGUGUGGAACCGCUGGCUGCAGCGAAGCUUCUCUGGUGGCCUCCUUUGAGACGCCCGUGCGCGUGCACCGCAUUCGUGUGGGCGUGGACCUGACCAAGGCGAGCGCGGGGAGCACCGGCGGGAGCCGUUAA